GCCGCCGCGUUCCUCUCGCUAUUUUUGCGCGGUGAGACCGGGACCGCGCCCGAGGAUCGCGCCGUGAUUAAAGUGCCGGGUGUGGUCGCAGUGCGGUGCAGCGCGGUGCGUUACGAGUGCAGUGCGAGUGGUGGCGGGCGAGACACGUGCGGCGGCCGGUUGAUGCGCUCGGGGCGCUGUUAGCGGCCGCGAUAUGGCGCGUCGCACCGCCCGCGCCCGCUCCCUUCGCUUAGCUAAACUCGCACGAUGAGCGACCUGCAGGCCACAUUCGAGUUCUCCGUUGAGCUAUACAAGUUCUACAAUGUCGAUCUCUUCCAAAGAGGGUUAUACCAAGUUCGCGUGGGCUUGCGCGUGUCCCCAAAGGUGUCAGUGCACAUUGAGGCCUCGGUUGCAAGUUCUAACGCCGCAGCUCGAACUGGCCGCCCUGCCGCCAACGCGUCGCUGGUCGGCGGUCUUGCAGCGUCGAGGGCUUUCCAGAUAAUGUACAGAAAUGAGGAAGUCACGUUGCGAGAUAUAGUUCAUUUCAGAGCCCAUCUACUGGUUGACAGUCGAAAUUUAAAAGAAUCACUAGAACGAGCUGAGUGGAGUCUCGGCGUGGAGCUAUGGUGCAGCGAAGGGGCUCAGUCCAGCACACUAGGGCCUGUCUCCUGCAGAGUCCUCAAGUUGCACUUCCAACCAUCGCAGGGUCUACACUAUCACUUACCUGUGCUGUUCGACUACUUCCAUUUAUCGGCAGUUUCCAUCACCAUCCACGCGAGUUUGGUUGCUUUGCAUCAGCCCUACAUCAAGAAAAGCAUAAUGCAUUAUGUGCAAAGUUGUACCCCAAGAUCAAGUAAGCAAUGGGGUAAGCUGAUGAAAAAUGCAGGAUCAAAUUUCAACACGUCUGGUAACUUUGAAAAUGUGCUUUUCGGAUCCAGCGGGAAAUGCGCUGGGGGAAAUUCUAGUAAAAUCGCUCACGCACGACAAGUGCAUGCUGAAGUUUGUGGUAUUCUUCUUGGUUCGUUGGAGGGCUUGCAGAGCGCACUCACAGUAUGUGGAUCGACUGGCGUUAUGCUCACUCCUGAAGAAUCUUCUUCAAGCUCUGUCAUCGGUGAAGUGGCACAAAGAAUAAAAGAUCUUAGUGACUUUGGAAAGAAAUCAGAAUGCGGAGAAGACGAAGAAUGGGCGAUGAGUGCGGCCCACGACAUCGCGCGGCUAUGUGCUGAAGUGACUUUGCGUUGGAGAGCAUUUCUACAUCACACAACUGACCGACCUCAUGUUCACCACGCACUAGCCGCUAGGCAUCACGCUCUACGAAUUAAACGAUUUUCUGAGUGCUUUUUCGUGUUGGAUAAUCCACGACAUUCACUAGCUGGGUGUUAUGACAGCAACUACCAGUCUUACCAGAGUAUCGGGGAUGUAGCACGAAGAUCCAGAUAUUUAGCUCUGCUUCCGCCUCUCCCGGUACAUUGUAUUGCCCUUGACGGUGAUCCACACAUCAUGCCUAUCAUUUUUGAAGACCGAUAUCAAGAUACGGCUGAAUUCGCAAGACGACGUUCAUUUUUGAGUUCUAAUGCAAACAAAUCAGGCAGUGAUCCACUUUUGAAUUCAAUACCUAUUGGAAAAGAGUGUGUAUGUACGGUGAGUUCAAGAAGACCAUCAUCAGAAGCAUCGAGAACGCCAAAAACGAUUAUGGAUGUCCUCGAGCCUCAAUUUCAAGCACCUAAACCAAGUUCCAAUAUUGUUCAAGCUACGUUAACAUUAGCGCCACAGAAAUCUACACGAGCUUCUCCCAAGAUGACUACAGUAAAAGGAAACAACCUUGUUGAAGUAAUGAAACCUCACAAUAAACAAUUAGAAAUAACUGGACGAAACAGAUAUAUUGUGCAAAACAAUCAAAUAAGUGAAAUACAACUGCCCCCUAACAGAUCUUUUGGUUCAUAUUCCGCACAACAAGGACAACAAUUAUCAAGGUAUUCUGCAUCUACUUUAGAUAUGAAUAGUUCUAAAAGCACAACCAAUGUUUCUCGAUCGGGUAAAGACAGACAUGAUCGCAACGACAGUUUUCGUCCGAAACAUGAUGUAACCAGUGGCGUUAGUACUUUACCUGCAAGACACAGUAAAUCGUUAGACCAAUUAAGAGUAUCACAAAUGACCCCAACGAAUCCUACACAGAGGCUAUCGAAAAAUUCAACGAAUAAUUCUCAGUCUUCAGUGAACUACCCAAAACAAUAUCAACCACAACAAACAGUUAAACCUACUACUUUACCCAGAAGCGUCACAACUACUAAUUACCCAACAAACACAACUGCAAGAUGUUCAUCAAAAGGAGAUGACUAUAGGAGGAACAUUAGUGAAUUUAGAGAAAAAUAUAAAAACCCGUGCAAUAUGAACAUCAAUCCACAAGGGAAUAAUGAAGUAUUCCAUAGCGUAGGAUAUAAGUAUGAUGGUGCGGUGAAACCUAAUCCUAACCAAAUCUACGGCUAUACUUUCGGUAAUCAGGGUACUCUACAAACGAACAACCUAAUUCGGAAUCCCUUAGAAUUUCAAAGAGGUUACAAUGUAAAUUUACCCCGUCCUAUGUUACCUCCGCGUAAUUCAUAUCCACCAGUGAGUGGUAAAGUACAAUCAGUUGAUCAAAGUAACUUAGUUUCUAGUAAACAAGUGCAUCGAUCCAACUCCACCCAUGUUUUCCAUCAAAAUAUGGAGAAUCCACAACUAGACAUUGAAGCUGCUCGAAACCAACUUCGAUAUGAACUAAAUUACUAUCUUCAAAAGGGGGACUGGAGCUACGAUUUUAAUACAGGGAGUCUUAUUCAAAACUAUCAAAAGAAAUCUAGUAAAAGUAGUGAUGAUAGCGGGUUUGUUAUGACUCUUGAUAGAAGCAGUGAUGGAACAUCAAAAUCUACUUAUUCAAAAACACCUCCUUCUACUCCUCAUUCUACAAUGCCUUCUGUAAGACAUAAGAAAAGCCGUUCGAAAGAAUCUAAGCUAAACAAUAGUGGAAGAGAAAAUACAAAAAUAAAUUCGAGCCGAGAUUCCAUAAGCAGUCAUCACUCUAUUAAAUCCAGGGACAGUAAAUCAGAUCGUCAUACGUCGAAGUCAGAACGUAGCACUCCAAAAUCAGGAAGAGCAACUCCGAAAUCCGGAAAAACCACACCUAGGUCUGGAAAAGCCACCCCGAGAUCAGGAUUAGCUACACCGAAAUCAGGACGAGCUACACCGCGAUCAGGCGUUGCCACUCCCAAGAGUGGUAGAUCAAGUGGAAAACCAGAAAAACGAACAAAACAUAAGCCGUCUGAAAAAAUGUCACAGCUAAUGUCAGAAGCCGCUUCUUCAUCAAGCAAUGAAAGUAUACCAUUUGAACUAAGAAGGCUAGAGCAAUCUGCCAGUGUUCCUUAUAGUCUGGACCACGGACCAGAAUUACUACGACAUUGCCGAAGUGCGGCUUCUGUAUUGGAUGAACCAAACAUAAACAAUAAUUUUGGUUCAGAAUCGUUACCCAACCUAGCUCCACCGCCAGCAUUUGAAUCUCCUCCUCUUGACAUAGAUGAUAAAGAUUUCAAGAUUUUGCCACCAGCAAGCUUUUUAAGUAAAGAGGAACAACGCCGUAGAAGUAGUUCAACAUCGAGCUUAAGUGAACAAAGUGGAUGGGUAUCCAGUGGACGCAGUUCAGGUCCCUCUUCUCCUGACAAUGCCAAUAGUCAAUUAAAUCAAAACUUUGCGUCAAAUUUUACAAGAACUCCAAGUAAAACUUACGAAGAUCCUACUAAUAACGAAAAAUCAGAUGGCAAAGCUAUAAAUGAUUUUAAAAGAACGGUCCUUAAUGGAGAACAGCUGCGUGAACGAUUAUUAAAAUUGGCUGUGAAAGUCGCUCAAAAUAAUAGUCAUGAAAAAAUUGAAUGCUGUGAUAAAGAAGUAUGUGAGGAGUGCACUAUUUGUAGCGAUUCGAUAUGUACCGAUAGUCAAUGCGAAUAUAACAAAUUGAUGCAUAGUAACGGAAUAGAUACAGGUUGCAAUUCAGACACUUGUUCGGCGUCUUGUUUUCGACAAAUGCCGGAAACUAAUUCAAAAUCUAAUCAAAGGCAUAAUUCGUUCAGUGCCACUCAAAGCAAGUCAUACAGUGCAACCCCAAAAAACUCAAAUGAGGGUACGGUAAAAAAAUCACAAACCAUAAGCGAUAAUCUCCAUCCUUACAUUCGGAAAGAAAUAACUCCUAAACCCCCACCUGUUCCAAUAAAAUCCAACAAUAUUGAUAAAACUAAAUUGAAGGAUAGAAUCCAAUACACUGAACGAUUGAUAGCCGAAGAAAUAAGAAGCUUGACUGUGGAACGUCCUUGUAAAAGUCAUAACAAAAAAUCUGCAUCAGAUAGACCAUCAGCAGCAUCAGUGCAAAAAUACCAAAAUAAAGCAAAAUCAGAAAUUAACUUAUCGCAUUUCAUCGGCGAUAAUGAUUACGAGCACUUGCCUCCACCGCAACAGUUUAGGGAUGCACCUCCACCGCCCGAUGAGUUUAAGGUAACAAAGGAUCCUCCAUUAAAAUCUCCGAAGCUAAGUCGAUCGAGUAGCAAGUCCUCGACUCCAUCGAAGACCUCUAAACAACAGAUUCAACCGUCAACAUUGCAAUUGGACAAUCCCCUUUAUCACGUCUGCGAAGGAAUAAUGGAAAGAAGAAAACUGAGACCACAUCAAUCAGCUAAAUCCGGUGGUGUUGCUUCAGUUAGUACUCUUAACAAAAGUCAGAGUACUGGAGAACUGGCAAAUAGAAAUGAAAACGGCAAUAACAAAGAGAAUCGUGAGAGCAAUUUCGUGAGCAUAUUUGGACUGGCUGAAUCCGAAAGACUUUUUGUGAAAUGUAGAGACGAAUUUAGGCAAAGUGUCAAGUACCCUGGAGCCAUUUACUCUGAUUUUCCUCCCGUUGAAAAUUCUCUUCCAUAUUUUCAUAUCAGCGAUGAAUAUCGAAUGUUUAAUCCUGAAGGGUUGCAUUUAAUAAUUUGUGUACACGGAUUGGACGGUAACGCAGCUGACCUCCGACUGGUGAAGACUUAUUUAGAACUAGGAUUACCAGGUGCAAGAUUAGAUUUCCUUAUGUCGGAGAGGAAUCAAGGCGAUACAUUCUCAGACUUUGACACAAUGACUGAUAGGCUGGUUCAAGAGAUUCUUACUCACAUCCAAAAUUCGAGCGAACCCGCUAGAAUAAGCUUCGUGGGCCAUUCUCUCGGUACUAUCAUAAUAAGAUCAGCAUUAGCGAGGCCUCAAAUGAAGCCAUACCUCGGGAAGCUACACACGUUUCUAUCUUUGAGCGGUCCCCACCUCGGCACACUGUACAAUUCUAGCGGAUUAGUAAAUGCUGGUAUGUGGUUCAUGCAAAAGUGGAAGAAAUCAGGCUCCUUACUGCAGCUGUCCCUUCGAGACGCGUCUGAUCCUCGCCGCUCGUUUCUCUACCGGCUCAGCGAGAGAAGUCAGCUGCAUCAGUUCAAGCACAUCCUGCUCUGUGGCUCCGGCCAGGAUAGAUACGUGCCGUUGCACUCUGCUAGACUCGAGCUCUGUAAAGCUGCUGCGAAAGAUACUUCUUUGUUGGGACAGGCUUAUCGAGAAAUGGUUCACAACAUGGUGUCUCCACUAGCGGCCCGCGCGUCCGCCGUGUCCGUGGUGCGGUAUGACGUGCAACACGCGUUACCACACACGGCAAGCGCGCUGGUCGGCAGAGCUGCGCACAUCGCCGCCCUAGACUCUGAUCUAUUCAUCGAAAAAUUCCUUCUCGUGUCUGCACUUAAAUAUUUCCGAUAAUUCAAACACACUCGUGGCUACCUACAGUCAAAAAUUCCUUGUAUUUUAAAACAACUCAACAAUUUCGUAACCUCUGAGCAAAGUGUUAUCCAAAACGACUCUAAAAAUAAUCGCGGGAUAAUCACAAAACUCCGCUUUCCUUCAAAAUUACAUUGAAAAUUUCGAAAUUGACUUCACAUGCUAAAUCUUAACACGAGCACUUUUUCGAAUUCAAAUUUCUAAUUAAUUCGAAUUUCGUUUCUGAAUUCAAUUACUAAUAUAGCUAUUACUUACUAAUUGUUUCAAAGUAAUGCAAAUUAUCAAGACAAAAGUGUGAUAUAUUUAUUAAAUAAAUCGACAAGAUCACGGACAAUGCCCGUUAACCGAAAUCAUGACUAAGUAGAAUAAGACGGAUCUUUACACCAAAUAACUAAGACUUCAACUUAGAAAUCGCAGGUUUAAUGUAAGUAAGUAGAUGUUAUUUGUAAAUUAUUGUCUACAUGAAUGACUGGUAAUAUAUGUAGUAGUUUAAACUCGUCAAGGUUUUAAUGUUUAUUUAAUGUAAGUUCACAUUUACCCAAAUUUGUGAUAUGACCCAAAUCGAUCUUAAUGCAUAUAAAGUACUGUUUUGUCAACAACAAUGUUUUUUAGAUAAGUCAAAAAGUCACUUUAGUCAAAUUCUCGUCAAAAAUCAAGAAUUUGGCAAGAAAAGAUGCAAAUAAAGGGUACAUGCGUUAUGUGACUACAUUCAUUUUUUAAAUUUUAAUUAGUAUGAUAAAAGUAAUAUUCGCCUAAUUGACGUUUUAGUGCGUAAACUAUUGAAGCGCUCGGAAUUCACGUAAACUCUGGGUUUAUAUUGUAUAUAUUUUUUGGACAAAUAGAUUCCAAUUAAAAAACGUUUCUAACACAAACAGAUUUUAGGCAUACAGCGAUAAUGCGACAACGUUUUUUUUUUUUUGCGUACGUCGAUGAAGCAAUCUUAGCCUAAGUUCUGUAUAGUGGUUACCGAGACCCAUCGACACCACAAUGUGGAAGCCAUCCACCUUGAGAUACGAAAUCGAAGUCUCAAUUGUAUUACAUAUGGCUGUCUCACCCUUCAAACUGGAACGGAUGACGGCCGUGGUUGGAGCAGUCCAAUAUAUUAAAAACACGCGACUUUUCUAUUUGUCCAGCGAACGUCUAUCUGUGUGCUUAGUGCGAGUUUCAUAACGUUCUCGAUAGCGUAAAAGUUAACCCAAUUUUGUAUGCAGUUGAAAUAGCGCCCCUAGCGACAAACGUACGCAAACGAUCCCGCAUACAAAUAUGAGCUAACUUUUACGCUAUCGUGAACGUUAAAAAACUCGCACUAAGCACACAGAACGCGUGUUUCGUGUAACGCGGAAAGUAAACGCUUAAUCCAAAUGAGCCAUGAGCAUAAUAUAUAUAUAUAAUAUACCUAUAUAGGUCACAUAAAUACAAAAAUUUACUUAAAGUUUAUUCCUUCCUAUAAAUGCCUUGUUCUAAAUCCCGAAAAUAUUAGCUUAACUCAAAUUUAACUAUUUCGUAAUAUGUGGAUCCUUACGUAAAGGUUUUUAAACGCAAACGUUGUAUGCUCAUGGCUUAAUACAAUCGGAUGAUCAAAAGAAAUUCGUAUGCAGCUUUCAUAUUUUAUUGUUAGCCUAACGAAAUUUGUGGUUUUGUAAUUAUGUAAAACUUAUCGAAUGUUAGACUGAUGUUUGAGAUUAUACGAUCAGUAAAACUUAAAGGAUCUUCAUUUUGAAUCGUUCUUUAAAGAAGUACCUCCUAUGUUAUCGAGAGAGCCAUUAUCAUCAUCAUCAGCCUAUAGAAGUCCACUGCUAGACAUAGGCUUCUCCAAUUG